AUGACUUCUUUCCUUCGAUCGUGGAGCUUCAGCCUCGUCUUGGUGUCAUGGAUGUUGACGACCAUAGGCAGAACAACCUUGGCCGCUUACCGACCAAGUCCAUGGAAACUCGCUCAUGCUACUUUUUACGGGGAUGAAACUGCAAGAGAGACCAUGGGAGGAGCUUGUGGAUAUGGAAACCUGUUCCUCAAUGGCUAUGGGACGGAUACUGUAGCAUUGAGCUCAACGCUGUUCAACAAUGGCUACUCUUGUGGAGCUUGUUUCCAGAUCAAAUGUUAUCAGUCUCCCUGGUGCUAUAAAAAUGUUCUGUUCACCACUGUCACCGCUACCAAUCUUUGCCCGCCAAACUGGUCCCAGAACUCCAAUGCCGGAGGCUGGUGCAACCCUCCUAGGGUUCACUUUGACAUGUCCAAGCCUGCCUUCAUGAAGAUUGCUCAGUGGAAGGCUGGCAUUGUUCCAGUCAUGUUCCGCAGGGUACCAUGCAUGAGGUCUGGGGGGCUCAGAUUCUCUUUCCAAGGAAAUGGAUACUGGCUCUUGGUCUAUAUCAUGAAUGUGGGUGGAGCUGGUGAUAUUAAAAACAUGUGGGUUAAGGGAUCCAAAUCUGGGUGGAUUCUGAUGAGCCAUAACUGGGGAGCUUCAUACCAGGCUUUUGCAACCUUGAAGGGCCAAGCUCUCUCUUUCAGGGUCACUUCCUACACAACCAGGGAAACCAUCAUUGCAUGGAAUGUUGCUCCUUCUAACUGGAAUUUGGGUUUGACUUACAAGUCAAAUACCAACUUCCGCUGA